AUGCGAGUCGUCCAGCAAGAAGCCGUGUCGUGGCAGUACGAGGACCCGAACCGCAUCAUCCAGGGCCCGUUCGACGCGAGCAGAAUGCUGACGUGGCAGGGCAAGUACCCGGAUCGGUUCACGGCCAACCUGUCGGUCCGGCGGCUGGGCGACCGACACUGGCAGUCCCUCGACAGCGCCAUCCAGUCCCUGCAGGCGGACGCCUCGUUCCACGAGAACUGCAUGAACGCCAUGCCCUCGGGCUCAGGAGUCAUCCACGUCGCGCAGGCGCCCGUGCAGAUGACCGUGGCGAGCUCUGCGCCCGCGGUCCCGCACAUGCACAGCGCGGCGCUGCCGCUGGUGGUGCCCGCGGGCGCGCAGGUCCUGCCGCACCUGUCGCACAUGCCCGGCAUGGCGGGCGCGGUCCCGCAGGCGGUCGUCCCGCCCCCGCGGCGCCCGAACCACGCGAUGCAGGCCGCGGCCUCGAUGGGCCCGCAGGUGGGGUCGCCAGUGAGCCAGGCGCAGCACCUCGCGCCGCCGGUGUCGCACGGCGUGAGCGUGCAGGCCGUCGCGAUCCACAGCCAGGCCGGGCCCGCGAUGGCGCAGGAGGUCCCCGGCGCGCACGGCCACCCCAUGGCGCUGCACAACGUGGUCAUGCCCGUCGACCGGGCGCAGGCGGCCGCGUCCGAGGCGUUCCGCGCGCGCACACAGCCGCAGACGAGCCAUCCGCAGCCGGCCGCGCAGCACGCCCAGCCCCCGCCGCGCGAGGAGGCCGCGCCCAGGGGGGACGUCGAGGUGCAGCCCCCGCCGCCGGCGCCAGCGCAGCGCGCAGGCGUUCCCGCCAAGGGCGCCAACGCGGUCGCCGACCGGGUUGCGGCCGUUUCGAUACAGGAGCAUGCAGCAGCCAACGCGGAGGACGGGCUCGCGGAGCAGCGGAAGGCUGAGCAGCCGAAGGGCAGUCGCGCGGCGUCUCGGACGGAGGUGAGCGUGGAUAGGUCGGGGAACCAGGCACACGCCGCACAGCCGGCGCCGGAGCCCCCGCACAUCUCCUCCUGGGCCGAAGAGAUCGAGCAGCAGACCGGGCCGCAGCCGCAGGCACCGCAGGGCGCCGCGCGCCUCCAGGAGCCCCCCUCGGGAGGCAGGGGCGGGGGGGCCUCGGCGUCCGGGUCGGGUCACCGCGGGCAGCAGAGCAACCACUCGGGGGGGUUCGGCAGCAGCCGCGGGCGCGACAUGGAGCCGCCCGGGACGGGGGCGGGCGCGAUCGCGGCUGGGGCGGGCGUGGCGGCGGGCGCGGAGGGGGGGCCCCACUUCGCGGGCGCCGUGGAGAAGGCGCCCGCAGCACGCAAGCUGUUUACGGCCGGGUGCACGCGCGUCGCGGAGCAGCCGGUGUGGUGGUACACGGGGGAGCAGGACCGCAUCCAGGGUCCGUUCCUGCCGGACGACAUGGCGAAGUGGUUCACGUCGGGGUUCCUGCCCCCGGACCUGGGCGUGGCCGCCACAGACCGGUCGGUGAACUACCCGCUGCGGCCCGCCAUGCGCAUGUUCGCGCCGCUCAAGCAGCUGAUUCAAGAGACGAUCAAGGGCAAGACGUACAGCGUGUACUCCCUGCGCGACGUGCAAGUUGGCGAGCAGGACGGCGACCUGGACGUCGACCGCAUGAAGUGA